UCUAUAUACAAUGGCGUUGAAUACAUGGUCUAACGACUGGAAAAAGUAGAAAAAAAAAAUAUUUUGACUAUUGUUAAAACUGCGAAACCUUAGGUUACUAUUAUCAGCAGAACAUUUGCAAACAUUUGUGCUUGAGUUAUAAAAUAGUUGCAGAAAGCAAGUAUAGUGUUACGUUAAAUUGUGGCGCAAAAUAUACAUAACAGCAAAUGUUUUUGCACAAGGAGGUUAGAGCAUAGCUGAACAUUAUUUUAAUCGUAUUUUUUUUUUAAGAAAAAGUUUUAACUUAAAACAUAAUCAAGUUUUUUUUUUGAAUAUAUGCUAGCAGCAUGUCUGAUAGGACAGGGAGUAACAUGGCCCCGGCCCAGAUUCCUCAACAUUUUCAACUGAAAAGUAAAAAACUAUGUGAUAUAAUGAAGAAUUUAGUUUGCUCAACCUCUGUGGUUGAUCAACAGAGAUAUUUGAAAAAUUUAACUACAAAUAUCCCAGCAGAAGACUAUGAUUCAGUGCUUAAUAUUGUCUGUUACAUUUUUUUGUAUCUGGACUCGAAGCAUCCAAUAAAGAAAACAGCAGUUAGGAUAUUACUGACAAUGGAAUCAAAGCAUGUUGUGAAUGCUCUAACAGUGCAACUCAUUUGUUAUAUUAGUCCAGGGAGUAUGAACCUUAGUAUUCUUGAAAAGUUGAAUGAGGAAAAUGCUAUAAUUGUGAAUUUGACCACAUGCUUUAACAAUUUUCCUCCAGGAGUUGAGGCUUUGUCCUGUACUAUAGAUUUUAUAUACAAGUUUGCCUAUAAUACAUUUAUAAAAGCUGCUGGAUAUUUGGACAAAGAACCAGAAGAGAAUACAGUACCAAUGAUAAUUUAUAAUACUUCCAGAUUUCUGGUAUGCCUCUUCAAUCAAUGUGAUUUGAGUAGUAAAGUACCAGAAACUGCUUUGAAAUUGUUGUAUUUUUGCUCAAAUAUCAUUAACAAUGAUAGAGUCAAUUUUAAUACUAAACUGAAUUGUGGGAUAUUGUUGUCACUUGCUGCCCUGCACAGUUCUGAAAAUAAUGAGAGAAAUAUGAUUGAAACUAUUUCGCAUCUAUUGCAAAUGAACGAACGUGCGCAGAAUACUUCUGGAACUAUCAGGAGUUACACGACCAGAGUGUGUGUGUUUUCGGGUAUCUUGAAUACUUUUCCACAUGAAAUCAUCUGUGCUGAUACCUUGUCUGACGUGCCAGCUCCCGUUUACAUUUUCCGAACUUUCCUAGAAAGUGCAACAAAGAGUACCGGACAUCCUGCAGAAAUAUUGGAGAUAAGCAGGACAUUCAUUUCCUUAUCCAAACUCUUGAGUAGUAUGCAUAUCUCGGCAAUUUUAAUGGUUUAUAACUCCACAUUGGAGUAUAUAUGGACCCACCUCGACCAUUACCUCGAUACCGUAAGACACGAUACAUCACUUGUACUGAAAAACGUUGCUAAAGCUGCUGUUCGUCAUGAAUCUCAAGGUAAUAGUGAGUUAAUUGAUAGAAUGAUAUCGCACCUAACGACGAUGUUCGAUAAGUCUAAUGCUAAUUACAAAGCUCUAACGAUAAUAAGCACUGAAACAACGUCCAACUAUAUUUUGAGUAAAUUUCCUAAUUUACCAGGAAUCUUGUUAAACAGUAUGAAAAAUGUUACUCUCACGCAACAGGUGAGCAAUAGUUACGAAAUAAUGAUGGAACAAAACUUUAAAGAACAAUCAUCGAAAGAACUUUGGACGAGGCUGUGGGUGAGAAAUUUGGUGCCACUUUUUCAAACCACCGAUGAUACUUUGCAUUUCUACUUGAAAAAAGUUUUCACUAAAGCCUUUCAACUUGAUAACUCGGUGUUAAAACUAUUGUCGUACGAUCGAAUCAAAUACGACAAUCCCAGGGAAUUGAGUGUACUUUUGAGUUGCUUUGUCCUAGCGCGUAAAUUGAAUAUUACAUUACACCCUGAAAACGAUUAUGAUGAGGAAUUUGAUGAUGAUAUGUAUUGGAAUGGUAUGAUUGAAUUCGAUUUGUUGGAACUCUUGAUGGUUGAUCAAAACCCAGAUAUACGCAUUGCAACCUUAACUUUGGUAGUAGAAAGCCAGAAAAGCACACAGUUCUUUACUGAGUGGGAUUUAAAAUUUCUGAUUCGAUUUCUACAUUACAACGUCACCACGCAAUUACCUAACUUACGCCAGCAAAUGCUAGCUUUAUAUAAAAAGGCUUUUACUAGAUACAAAGACGGUAUGUACGUUAUCGAAAGGAACAUUAGAAGUCUAAUGUCUAGUGAGGGGCGUGCUCGCGGGUUUAGCGAAAUCGCUGAUUUGAAUACUCACCGGGAAAAUUACAAGGAGUUUGUUGUUGAUAUAUUCGUGGAAGAGUUAACGAAGGGUCUAUACAACGACGUGAAUUAUUCCAGGAGAUGCAUUUGCUUGGAAUUGUUAAUAAACCUUAAAGAUAUCUUGCAGCCUGAUAUAAUUGAAAUGUUGUGGAAUAGAAAACACGUAGAGCUAUUGUACCAAUCAUUAGUUGAUUCCUUUGAAUCAAAUAUCAUGAUGGCUACUAGAUUAUUACUGGAAUUACCUCAGUCAGUGGUACACUAUCACACGAAAGUUGAAUUGAAGGACAUGUUAAGAAAUAGUAUCGUAUUAGCCGCCAGUCUGAAACCCACAUCUACAGUAACGGCAGCUUAUCAAAUUCAAGUUCUCAUGGAAUCUCCUCAUGCUCACGAAGUUAUUGGUGAUAUAUUGAGACCUUUCGAUGAAAGGUUGGUCAACAUGGAAGGUAUAAAUACCCUGACACUCUUGGUCAAUUACCUCUUUAAAGAAAUCCAAAUGGGCUUGGGAGUUGCCGCUGAUAAUAUUACGAUUGCUUCGAAAUAUGCUCCAAUUCAUGGAUUAAUAUUUGCUCUCAGACAUAUAAUCACUAAACAUUCAUAUGACCAAAAAAAUCCGGAAAUAGUACCUAGAUUAAUCGACCUUUGCUUAACUAUCUCAGAUAUUGUUUUACCAAUUGUAAAUAAUUCAUCGCCAGAGGGUUACAUGCCCAACGAUGAUGAACUCGUGGCUGAUGAAACUGUAACAUCGCAAAUGAUUUUAAUUUACGCCUGGAGAUCGACGAAAGAAGUUUCUUUGCUUCUGGGCGAGCUCUGUAUUGAUAGUUUAAUAGAAAUUCCUGAGUAUCUUUCUCAAGUUUCCGAUUAUUUUAUCAAUCUCUUCAUGGAAACCAAACAUCGUGGAGCUUACGAGCAGGCAUUCGUAGGUUUCAACAAGUUCUGCCGUAAAUUAUGGAACGCUGGUGAAAUGUUUAUGCAAUGGCCUGUUCAAUGGAUGAAAAUUAAUCUCGAUGUAGUUAAAGGAAGUACCGACUAUGCAAACAUUUGCCCGACGCGAAGAAGUGCUGGUUUGCCAUUCAUGUUUCAGGCUAUAUUAACAACGGAACCACCAGAGAGAAGUAAUGAAACUUUCCAUCAUUCCAUGAAUACGUUAAUAGAAAUUGCUAAUGAUUUCAACAAUGAUAUGGGGGCAACUCAUAGCAUGAACAUCUUGCGAGCUCUAUUCAAGCAUAAUCAACUUGGUGAAUUAGUAACUCCAUAUGUAGGUAGAGGUGUACAAAUUGCAAUAAACAGAUUCAGACACCUAUCGUGGAAUGUCAGAAAUUCGGCAACUUUAUUAUUUUCUGCACUGAUGACGAGGAUCUUCGGAGUGCAGAGAACCAAGGACAGCGAAGAGCUGAGUAUUAAGAAUCGAUUGUCCGCUAGAGUUUUUUUCUUGCGAUAUCCAGAGCUAUACGGCUUUAUCUUGGGAAAGUUGAAAGAAUACAUGACUGAAAGAUUCGACAAUGCGUCUCUGUACCCUCUGCUUUUCAUAUUAUCUAGACUCUAUUCAUCAGGAGAGAAAAAAGACAUGCAACAAUAUCUAUUAUUUGUAGAAGAAUGUUUGAAGAAUAAGAUGAUGAAGAUGCGAGAACUUGCUGCCCAGGCCUCUAUAGCAGUAAUACCAUUAGAGGAGUAUUUCGAAUACGUUAAAAAAUCACUAAUCGAAAUUAGAGAGCGUAUACCCAACAAUGCCCUUCACGGCAAAUUACUUCAACUGAAUGUAUUGGUGAAAAACUUGCCGAUAAAUAUUCCAACAGAAUUCGACGUACCUGCAUUGAUUACCGGAUCGUUUUGGAUAAUAGAAGAGUCUGGUAUAACGAUUCCUCAUCUGACAGCCACAUUAUACAUGGAACUGAUAUUGCAAUUCCUUACCAAGUUCAAAAGCAAAUGCUUUGGGCGAAGGGAAUUCAACGAUUUGAUGUUAGUAUUGAUAAAGAUACCCGAAGUGGAUAAAGAAAAAUACAAUGUUUCCAUACACAAGACAUUCGUGCUUACGAAGAUUACCUUGUUUAUACAUAUAUUCGCUUACAUUUUGGAUAUCGCCACGAGUGAAAGAGAGAAGUUUAUAAAGAAUAUACUGUUGUCGGCGCUGCACGAUCCCCACGAAGAUUUGCAAAUAUACGCGAUCAAUUGUAUACAUUUCCUAUUUGCAAAUAGCCUCUUUAAGAAAUUUAAUUAUUUCCCUAUAAAUGACGAGGAGGACAGAGAAGUAUAUCGUGAAUCAACACUAAUCCAACCUAUGAACGAGGUGAUGAAAAUGCGAAUUGCUAGCAUGAUUACCACAGAUCUGGGAUGCUACAAUCUGUUCACAGACAUUUUCUACAUAAUGAUCAACCGUAGUGACAAGUAUUCCUAUAAAGUGUGCCAAAUUUUACCUUAUUUUCCUUGUAUCAUAAAUAAGCUCAGACCUAAGACUGUUCCCGUCUCAGUAUCGAGACAGACAAUCAUGGAUUUCAUGAUCUGCGAAUGCAUUCGCAAAGGCGGUGAUAUGGUAUGCGUUAUAUUACCAAUAAUAAGCACAUUGGCAUUCGAAAGCAAGCAGAAAAUGAGCUACACUACGCUUAUAAACGACAUAUUGAAGCCUUUCUCGAAAAUGGAAACUUCCGUUGACCAGCGGCUGGCAGUUUGUAACUUUUUAGUGCAGAACUCUAAAUUUCUACACGACAUCGAAGUACUUUGCGUGAACAAUAUCGUACAAGUUUGGUAUAUCGUGAUAAGCCUAUUGCAGGAUCAAGAAGAAAUUGUCAGAGAAAGAAUGAGUAAAAUCACAAAUUACAUUCAAUGGCCCAUUUCGCCAUUUAUCAGAAGAUUUAUUUUGGGCGUCUAUGUGAUACCUGAAAAGUCGUUGGAAGAAUUAAUGUUGUAUAUGCCAGGAAUGAUUCCAUUUGAAGAAGCAAUGCACAUUUAUCUUCACUUAAUAUUACCAAAACCUAAAACAUACAUGGAAGCUGAGUUGUUCGACAAAGGUGAAUUGAACACAUACGAGGAAAACGAAGUGAUCGCUAUGCGCGCUACUAAAUUCCUCAAAAAAUAUAUGUGGGCUUUAGAAGAUGAUUUAAGCUACGAUGAUAAGUCUAUAUUCAUUGAAGAACAUAUCUUAUUAGUUUCUACCAAGCUCUUCAACCUAUUCUACUUGCAGCAGAGCAAUUCCGAAGUGCAGGUAAUAAGCAUGUUGCUGCUCAAGGCCAUAAUCAAUUUUGUAGAGGUACGGCUCGUAUAUGAGCAAGAUUUCGAGACAGAAUUCCAGAAAUACCUUAGAGAACAGAGCGCGAAAUCUUUCCCCAAUGAAAAUCAUAAAGGUGUUAUCACCUUCUUCAAAGCGUUUUACGCAUUUGAAAGUUGAAUUAUAGCCUAUCAUCAACGCUCGUAAAAAAAACCACCACUCAGGAUAAUGCCUUAUUAAGUAAGAUCGUCACGUUGAAAUUAUUUAAGACAAGAAAUGGGGAACUAGAUGUGUGAUAUAAUAUAUAUUCUAUUGAUGAUGUUCUGUUCAGUCCUUCCCUAUUGUUUUAACAUGUUUAUUUAUUUGUAAAAUCGUUCACUACUUUAUUAUUUUAUAUAUAUAUUUUUUUAAAUUUAUGAAUGAUUUAUAUCUUCAUGAGCAAAAUUAAUAAUAUUAAUGUCUGUAUCAAUAUAUACUAUAAAGGUUGU